CGGCUCUCUCUGGUAACUGAAUAGCCAGUGUAAUCUGACACUUCAACUUGCCGUGCUCUACGGUAGUUGAUUCAGUCACUCACUCACACCGUCUCCGGGGCUCUCACGUCGUCUUUGUGAAGUGGAGGGAGCGAGAGAGAGGAGCACCGUAAACACGAGGUUUGGAGAAACAAUACGUGGAUUUGCCACCGAGGUCCGAGCUCAAAAUCACCACUUAAGGAGGGGGUCAGCGAGGGACUGUGCGUGAGGAAUACAUGAAGGGUGGGUUGGGGGAGGGGCGGCCACCACAGCGGCAGUACCACCGAGGUCAAAGUUUGCACAGACUGGCUCUGUGAUUGAUGAGGAUUAAGGAACGGAUUUUGCCUAAUAGGAAACACAGGAACGUCCUCAUCCACACUGUAAAGAACUUUUAAUGGCGUCCCGGUAGAGGCAUCAAGAUGAACACGUUACCAUCAAUGGACCGGCACAUCCAGCAGACCAAUGACAGGCUGCAGUGCAUUAAACAGCACUUACAGAACCCGGCCAACUUCCACUCAGCAGCCACAGAGCUGCUCGACUGGUGUGGAGAUCCCCGGGCCUUCCAGCGACCUUUCGAGCAAAGUCUCAUGGGAUGUCUGACGGUGGUGAGUCGCGUUGCUGCUCAGCAGGGGUUUGACUUGGACCUGGGCUACAGGUUGCUGGCUGUGUGUGCUGCCAACAGGGACAAAUUCACACCCAAAUCUGCAGAAACCACCACCUGCAGGAGAUGUCAGAGUGACUCAGCCCUGCUGUCGUCGUGGUGCGAGGAGCUGGGUCGCCUCCUCCUGCUGCGUCACCAGAAGAACAGGCAGAACGAACCGCAGGGAAAGGUCCCCAUGCAGCCCAGCAUGAGCAGCAUGAAGCCCGGCCUCACACACAGUGAUGGAUCCUUUCCCUAUGACUCUGUCCCCUGGCAACAAAACACCAACCAGCCCCCUGGGUCAUUGUCCGUGGUUACAACAGUGUGGGGCGUGACCAACACGUCACAGAGUCAGGUGCUGGGUAACCCAAUGGCGAACAGCAAUAACCCCAUGAAUCCUGGAGGUAACCCUAUGGGAUCGGGUAUGUCUGCCAGCGCAGGUGGGCUCAACUCACCUCAGUUCAGUGCUCAGCAGCAACAGUUCCCAAACAAAGGAGGCUCCAACCAACCGUACAUGCAGCAGGGCAUGUACAGCAGGCCUGGCUACCCAGGAGGUCCUGGGGGAUACAGCGGAAGUUACUCUGGAGGCCCAAACGCCCCUCCAGGAGGUAUGGGAAUGACCUCCCAUACACGUCCUCCUGGUGACUUCACUCAGCCAGCUGCCGCUGCAGCAGCAGCUGCUGUCGCUGCCGCCGCUGCUACGGCAACGGCCACAGCAACGGCCACAGUAGCAGCUUUGCAGGAAACCCAGAAUAAAGAUAUGAAUCAGUAUGGACAGAUGUGUCCAUCGUUCCAAAUGGGACCCGCUCAGGCCUACAAUAGCCAGUUCAUGAACCAGCCAGGCCCACGAGGCCCCCCUGGAGGUAUGAAUCCAGCCAGCAUGGGAUCAGCAAUGAACAACCCUAAUAUGAGUGGGCCACCCAUGGGCAUGAACCAGACUCGAACCCCAGGCAUGGGACAUUUUGGGGCUCACGGCCAAAGGAUGCCUCAGCAGGGGUAUCCUGGAGGACCUCGGCAGGGCAUGCCCAUGCAGGGGAUGAAGAGGCCGUAUCCUGGGGAGGCAAGUUACGGGAAUCAGCAGUACGGGCCGAACAGUCAGUUCCCACCACAGCAGGGGCAGUACCCCACGUCAAAUGCCUCCAGGCCGCUGCCCUCUCCUAACUACCCCGGCCAGAGGAUGCCAGGGCAGCAGGGCCAGGGACAGUACCCACCUGGCAUGCCCAUGGGCCAGUAUUACAAGCAAGAACCUUUCAACGGGCAGAGCACCAACUUCUCUGGAGGUGGAUACUCCUACGGUCAAGGCAAUGGGCCCCCCAGGCCCGGUAACUACCCCCACUCCCCAGUCCCUGGAAACCCCACACCCCCUAUGACCCCAGGAAGUAGUAUUCCUCCGUACCUGUCGCCAAACCAGGAUGUGAAACCCCCAUUUCCACCCGACAUGAAACCAAAUAUGACAGCACUUCCGCCUCCUCCGACUAACCCCAAUGAGGAGCUGCGGCUGACGUUCCCAGUCAGGGAUGGAGUGGUGCUGGAGCCGUUCCGCUUGGAGCACAACCUGGCUGUCAGCAACCAUGUCUUCCACCUUCGACCCUCCGUCCACCAGACCCUCAUGUGGAGGUCAGACCUCGAGCUGCAGUUUAAGUGCUACCACCACGAAGACAGGCAGAUGAACACCAACUGGCCUGCUUCCGUCCAGGUCAGCGUCAACGCCACCCCCCUCACCAUUGAGAGGGGAGACAACAAAACCUCCCACAAACCCCUGCACCUGAAGCACGUAUGCCAACCUGGAAGAAACACCAUCCAGAUUACAGUCACCGCCUGCUGUUGUUCCCACCUGUUUGUGCUGCAGCUGGUCCACAGGCCAUCUGUGCGAUCCGUCCUCCAGGGGCUCCUGAAGAAGAGACUCCUUCCUGCAGAACACUGCAUCACCAAGAUCAAGAGGAACUUCAGCAGCGUGGCGGCCUCGGCGGGCAACACCACCCUUAACGGGGAAGACGGCGUGGAGCAGACAGCCAUUAAAGUGUCGCUGAAAUGUCCCAUCACCUUCCGACGCAUCCAGCUACCAGCGCGAGGGCACGACUGCAAACAUGUCCAGUGUUUUGAUCUGGAGUCCUACUUACAGCUCAACUGUGAGAGGGGGACAUGGAGGUGUCCUGUGUGCAAUAAAACAGCAUUAUUAGAAGGUCUGGAGGUAGAUCAGUACAUGUGGGGAAUUCUCAAUGCCAUCCAAAAUUCGGAGUUUGAAGAGGUCACUAUAGAUCCAACAUGUAGCUGGCGACCUGUCCCCAUUAAGUCUGAGCUACACAUCAAAGAGGACCCAGACGGGCCACUGGCCAAGCGCUUUAAGACCAUGAGCCCCAGUCAGAUGACCAUGCCCAAUGUGAUGGAGAUGAUCGCCCAGCUAGGGCCCGGUCCGGGGCCAGGUCCAGGACCUGGGCCCGGACCGGGUCCCAGCCCCUACCCCCCACACCCUGGUCAACAUGCGAGUGGCAACGGGGGAGAUUACCCAGGAGCAGGCAACAGUUACCACAGCCAAGGGAACUUUGACUUCCCUCAUGGGAACCCCUCUGGUGGUGGAGUUGGAGGAGGUGGUGGUGGCGGAGGUCCCCCUAUGAAUGACUUCAUCCAUGGCCCACAGCUCUCUCACCCCCCAGAUGGACCUGGUGGUCUCCUCUCCCAGGACAAACCCCUUAACCACGGCAUGAAUGAUGCAAUGUCCCAUCCCGAUCAGUCCCAUAACUCCAUGCAGCAGAGCUUGCAUGCAUCUCCCCACCCCGGCAGCCAAACGGGGCCGCCCUUACAUCACGGCGGCCAGUCAGGGCCACCCUUGCAUCACAGCGGCCAGUCAUCGCAGCCGCCUCGCCAGUCGCAGCCUCAGCCGCAGCCUCAGCAGCCUGGGCAGAACAGUCACCCCCACAGCGAUCUGAACUUUAACCCCUCCUCAGAUGGGCAGAUGGGUCAGGGAGCCCAGGAUAUGCCUGAACCCUCCCUGGAUUUGCUCCCAGAGCUGGCCAACCCAGACGAGUUGUUGUCAUACCUGGACCCUCCUGACCUUCCCGCCAACAGCAAUGAUGACCUUCUCUCCCUCUUUGAGAACAACUAGCCCCCCCCCACCCGAAAACCUUCCUGCGCCUAUGGGAGCGGUGACGUGUUUUGACUGUCCGUCCACAGACACUUCACCGAGCUCCUACCAACACUUCAAGCAGCUUCCUAUGCUCACUCACGUGCACACAUACACAGUCUCUCAACAGAUAAUGUGUGGCAUAGGGGCCCAGUUUAAAAAAAAAAGGAAAAAAGAGGCACCUGUUUGGGAACUCUAAGGGAGAAAAGCAGGAACGCCACUCAUCCCCAAACUCCCUUUUUUUCUUCCUCCUGUAAAGAUUCCACGCACCAGUUCCACCGCCUCUGACUCGAAACACACCAUUUACAGCCAUGUUGGCGGGCACUAAAGUGAUAUUAUAUAUAUACAUAUAUGAUAUUUGUGACUUUUCAACUGAAAACUGUGCAGCUAUAAUCAUCAUGUGUAACAACACGGAGGAGAUCGGAGCCUUUGUGGGCUCUAGGAAAAGUGUUGUAGCUUUGUUUUGUUUUUUUAUUAUAAUUUUCCUUUUGUGAAAAAUGUUAAGUCUGAGGGAAAAACAUUGUCUUGUAAGAGCGUUUUUAUCCUGUUUGUUCUUCCAAAACUUUGGCACAUGCCAUGCCCUUUGACCCCCAGACUUCCCAGCAUGUGUGUGUGUGUGUGUGUGUGUGUGUGUGUGUGUGUGAGUGUGUGUGUGAGACAGUUAAAUAACUGGAACUCAUCAGAAUCAGAGCACUGAAAGGACUAGCUAAAAUGUCUGCCAGUGUCAACAGAGGAAAAGAGCACACAUUGGGCAAUGUAGUGUGUGUGUGUGUGUGUGUGUGUGUGUGUGUGUGUGUAUGUGAGAGUGUGUGCUGGUGUGUGUAUAUACGUAUCUAUGUGCGUGUGUAUAUGUUUACGUGUUCCCUUUGGUUUGCCUGUGAGUGAAUGUGAAAGACAGCGGGGAGAGAAAGUUUGAGACAGAGGAGGGAAGAAGAAUAUUGAAUGGAAGAAAGAAACAAUCCACAUUAAGGGCUGUCUCAGUUCUUUUUCUCCACCUGGUCUGCAGUUUGUGUUUGUUGUAACGUUUCAUUCGUCAAAUUCAGCACCAUUUUGUUCACGUGCAUGUGUGCCAAUGGCUCCUGUUGUCUUUGUCCAGCCUAAACGUGCUUGAUCAAAUCAUUUUCUCUCUCGUCUUUAUAUUUAUUAUUUUAUUUCAAAUUCAUCUUUUUUUUUGUCAUUCUGUUGUCCUUUUUUAUGUGUUUUAUCUUUGUCCCACAAUGAAAUUAAUCAGAUACACAUCACCAAAGUUGUCCUAUGCUUUUUGUAAGGGUUUAGGCCUGGAUGUUGGUUUAAGAGCAGGAUUUCAACAUCCUACAGACGUCUACAGAACUUUUUAAAUCACUGUAUUUUAUAGAAACGUCUGUGUGAUUGUACUGAUCUUUCCUUUUGUCGUUUUGUUACUGUUGACCUGCAUCUUUUUGGGAAAAAAAAACAUCCUGCAUGAUCCAACAGUGUUUCCAGAGCUGUUGUAUAUACCCUUUGUGAAUACUUUGUGACUGUACAGUACUGUACCUAUCUAUUACUGGCAACUAUAUGGUACUGUAUGUCUGUCAAGGACUACAAACACUCACACACUCUUACAAACACACACAGAAUCCCCAAUAACCAGUCCGAUAUUGUAACGAAUUGAUCCAAAUGCACUCUCACUGGCCUUGUAUCGAGUACCUGUGUAUUGUGUACAGUUUUCCCAUUAACCUGUGACAAUGCAUCAGCAAAAAGGAAUAUUUGAAUUAUUCAGCAGCAGGCAAGUUGUGAGCUAUUUUACUUACAAACACACAGCUUUAAAUGAGCUGUUUUUUUCUGUCUAAAAGAUUGCAGCUUAGAGGUCCAAAUUUCUCCCAAAAUGAUUUGUUUAAUAUCAUUGGAACAAGUGACCUCGUCCUCUUUAUUUAAAGUGAGAAUGUGUAAAAUGUCCUCUGGAUUAUUUUGAGGCCUGUUAAUGAGCUUUUGAUAACCAUACUUAGCAAAAAUGUGUGAAUAUAUUUUGUGUAUUUUCAUCACAUUUUAUAUUGUUUUGAGUUUUAAGUUAUUAUUUUUUGUCCAGUGUUUUUUUUAUGACAGGUGUAAUUUGGUUUACACAGUUUUAUGCAGUACCAUCAUUGACUUAUAUACUGUAUGCUGUUGGAUAAAAAAAAACAAACACCCCUUUUGAGAUUUGUAAUCCAUCUGUAGAACCAAAUAUGGCUUUACUGGUUUUCAGAGCUGAUCAAAUCGCCUGCAUUUAACACAGUUGAAGGAUCAGAUGUUGUUUGUGUUUGUUUAUAUGUUUGUUAAAGACAAUGCACUGCCGCAUUGGGAUGUUUUAUUUCCCUACACAGUGUGUAACUGCAACUGUAACCUUUCACAGAAUCACAUCUAGUAAUCUGAGUGACACAAAUUGUACUGUCUGAUUGCAGAUGUUGGAAAUUGAGUUGAGGAUUUGAAAGAGAAAUGCAAUUAAUAUUGUAAAAUGAAAUUUGGAGGAGACCCCUCCUUCUUGCAUUACAAGGAUAGGUUGUGGCAGAGGGUUGGGGGUGGGGGUUGGGAAUGUAAGGGAUACGUGUAUAUAAUGUAAAUGACAAAUAGAGACACGUUAACAGAAAUGUAUUCAUUUUCUCCAGGGGGAGUGUGCAUAGUGUAUUUAGAAUUUGUAAAGCUUGCAUCCUCCUGUCAGACAUUGAAUUGGGAAAAUGUGUUUGAUUGCGUCUGUGCAGACCUCUCUAACCACGCCUGUUCAUUUAUGUAAGAUACUUUAUGUGCCCCUCCACGUGGGGUUUCCAAGAAAAAAAAGACAUUUUUCCUUUGUGUAAUAUUAAACUUCUGUGUAUUUCUCUAUUACCUGUGUACUUUAUAAAGGUGCUACAAAAUUAUUAAAACCUUUUGAGGUAUAAUUGGGACUUGGAGACACUGAGCUUUGAGUGGCUCUUAAGGGUUGUUUCCAAAUUUACAGUUUGUAAAAAAUUUUGUCAAAUUUAUAAUUUUUAUGCAAUUUGGCAAAAUAUGCUAUAAAGGUACAAUCUGAAGUGAUUGGCACAACCGGUGGCAGUUGUCUCUUUGGUUUUGUACAUUCUAUGUACAAUCAUUUCAUAUUCUAAACUGGUCAGAAAAACAUUGUGAUUUUUAGUCUUGCAAAUCUGUAUGUAGUUAGAUGACGUGACAUCCUAAUAUUUAUCUAAUAAAUAUGUAUUCAGAUGAAACACAA